CCCGGGAGUGGGCACAUGGGGGUGCGGGUGUGCAGGUGCCAAGCGCCAUGGGUUAGGCCCGAGAUCGGAGUCCGGCCGCCCCCCGACAGCAGCCGCCUCCUGCUCCCCGUGCGCCCCAGGCGCCACCAUGUCGGGCGACAAACUCCUGAGCGAACUCGGCUAUAAGCUGGGUCGCACGAUAGGUGAGGGCAGUUACUCCAAGGUGAAGGUGGCCACGUCCAAGAAGUACAAGGGAACGGUGGCCAUCAAGGUGGUGGACCGGCGGCGCGCACCGCCUGACUUCGUCAACAAGUUCCUGCCCCGCGAGCUGUCCAUCCUUCGAGGCGUGCGGCACCCGCAUAUUGUGCACGUCUUCGAGUUCAUCGAGGUGUGCAACGGGAAGCUGUACAUCGUGAUGGAGGCAGCCGCCACGGAUCUGCUACAGGCCGUGCAGCGCAACGGGCGCAUCCCCGGGGGGCAGGCCCGCGACCUCUUCACACAAAUCGCUGGCGCCGUGCGCUACCUGCACGACCACCACCUGGUGCACCGCGACCUCAAGUGCGAAAACGUGCUGCUGAGCCCUGACGAGCGCCGCGUCAAGCUCACCGACUUUGGCUUCGGCCGCCAGGCUCACGGCUACCCUGACCUGAGCACCACCUACUGCGGCUCAGCAGCCUACGCAUCGCCGGAGGUUCUCCUGGGCAUCCCCUAUGACCCCAAGAAGUACGACGUGUGGAGUCUAGGCGUCGUGCUCUACGUCAUGGUCACCGGGUGCAUGCCCUUCGAUGACUCAGACAUCGCUGGCCUGCCCCGGCGCCAGAAGCGCGGCGUCCUCUACCCCGACGGCCUCGAGCUGUCCGAGCGCUGCAAGUCACUGAUCACUGAAUUGCUGCAGUUCAGCCCGUCGGCCAGACCCUCGGCGGGCCAGAUAGCGCGCAACGGCUGGCUGCGCAACGGGGACUCCGGCUAAACCCGGAAUUCCCACACACCCGCCGCCCCUAGCACUGCGCAAGCGCGGCCACACGCGAGAAGCGCGCUUCCAGAGUCCCGCGAAGCCGCCGCGCACCAAUGCGCAUGCGUCCUUUCCCCUUUCCUUCUUUCUCCACGGCGGGGGCCACAGUUGCCCCUAUUUGGAAUCUAGUUCCUCCUCCACGAACCGGAGAGCGCAUGCGCGUCCUCGAUUCCCCCGCAAGAAGGCCCCGGGAGGGGGCGAGACCAGAGGAUGCUGAAGCAUUGCGCCUGCGCGGACUGAGCGACUGCUCUGCUGUCGGAGGAGGCUGCCAGGUAGAGCUGCCCACUAGGGGACGCACGCUGAGUGCAUCCGUUCCCAGCCUGCCGCGCAGGCCGCCGCGGGACGGCGCGCCCCGGGGCGCCACCCGCGUUGUAAUUUGCAAUAAACUCGCUCUACCUCGCACCUGGCUCUACUAGCAAUGCCGCCCUUUUACGGAGCGGGGAGACCGGGUCGCUCCCCGGAAGGCGGGCGCGGGCGCCCCUUUUUAGAGAAAGGUUAAGGUUCUUGCUCCAGUUCUCAAAAGGGAGUUGUGGGAUUCGUACCCGUACAUUUGGGGCUCCCCCAGCCUGGGAAGAGUCGAAGGGACUUUGAAGUCGUUCCCAGGGUCGUGAUGGUCCUGGGAAUAGAGAUGUUGGGCUAGGGAGCAAAGACCCAGCACCCUUCUCAUGUUUUAAGAAGGAAUGGCGUGGGUAGGUGGGGAGACCCUGUCUCGAAAUCAACUGAGCAUUUACAGAUAAGGAAAUUGAUGUCACUGCCCAUGAACACAGCUGGGAUUUGAACCCAGAUUUAGCUGAAGUAGGAUAGGGAGGUGGUGGAAGCUCUCCUUAGUGAGGGCCCCUUUCUUAGGGUAAGAGUCUGGAGGGAAAGUCAAGGGUGGGGCAUAAGUCCACUGGACCAGCUGAUUUGUUCAAUUCUCUUAAUUCAUGCAUUUAUUGAACUCCUUCUGUAUACCAAGCUUUGGGACUCAAGAAAGAAGCUUAGAUCCAUCCCUGCCCUCAGUGAAGAGGCAAAAAGUCAAGUAAAAAAAUUGCAUGGAAA